AUGCCUCCCAAGAAGGGCCGCGCGACCACCAAAAAGGUGGACAAGUACAAGUACGUGGACAGCGUAGGCACAGAGGUCAGCCCGCCGCCGCCAUCCAGCAGCAGCCGAUAUGCAGGUCGGAGUAGCCCUCUGUCAGCAAAGCGUACGCCGGUCAAGCAGCCUCGCGCGCGCAACUCACCUGUCGUCCCGCGCAAAGCAGAUUCUCGCCGCCAAACAAACUCGUCUGUCCCGCGCAAAGACUCGCCUGUCCCACUCAGCGCAAAAUCCUUUCUCGCAACAGACUCACCUCUCGCCUCGCCCGCCCGGCCCUCAAAGCGCCCACCCCCAAAGCGCCCACCCCGCCCAUCAUCCACCCACCUCCCCUCCGACCCCCCAAUCUACCACCCACCCUCGCCCAACAUGCCCUCCAUGAUCCCCGGCGGCGCCUUCGUCCCCCCCAACCAACAACGCAACCUGCGCGCCUGCAUGGUGUGCUCCAUCGUGCGCACCUCCUCGCAAUUCAUGUCCUCCGGCUGCCCCAACUGCGAAGAAUUCCUCGAGCUCACCGGCAGCACCGAGAACAUCAACGACUGCACGUCGCAGGUCUUCGAGGGCCUGAUUACGGUGGCCGACACGAGCAAGAGCUGGGUUGCAAGGUACCAGAGGCUGGAGGGGUACGUGUCGGGCGUGUAUGCGACGCAGGUCGAGGGCAUCCUGCCCGACGAGAUAAUAUCAGCGGUCGAGGCUGCGGGAGUCAAUUAUGUGCCCCGCGAUGGGAGUGAGGACCAGAUCGUUCCCAAGGAGUAG